AUGAUGAUGAACUCUGAGAAGAUGAAGAAGAAACCUCCAAAGGACAGUUUGACUCUGCUGCCAUGUUUCUACUUUGUGGAGUUGCCCAUCGUGGCUUCUUCUAUGGUGUCUCUGUACUUCCUGGAGCUGACCGAUGUGGUGCAGCCGGCUCAGGUCGGGUUCCGCUGCCGCGACCGAGAGCUCAGCCUGCCGUACGUGGACGGAGGAGACGAGCUGAUCCCUCUGCUGAGCCUCGCCUUCGCCGGCCCGGCUGCAUCGGCGUUUCACGCUGUGGCCAACUUCAAGUCCUCCGAUGACCUCACGGUGACCCCCCCGCUGCCGAAGGAGGACCCUCUGCGAGCACUGACGGAGCGGGGACACGAGUCCGUCUACAACAAGGGCCCCGCCUCGGAGAGUCAGGACCAGAUGGCCCCGGCCCCCGUGGAGCGGCCCCCGCCAAGGGGCCUGAAGAGGGCCAGCGUGGACGUGGAGCUGCUGGCCCCCCGCGGCCCCAUGGGCAAGGAGACCAUGCUGACCUUCAGCCACACGCUGCCGAGGGGCGGGGCCCCCGGGGCCGGCUCCGGGCCGGUGCUGCCGGUGCAGCCGGUGCAGCGGCGCCUGAAGGCCUUGCCGGUGCCGAUGGACCCCGCCCGCUCGCAGCAGCUGGUGACGGAGUGGAAGCAGAAGUCGAUGGAGAUGAGAGGGCUGAGCUCCGAGGGGCCGGGCGAGGGGGGGGCUCAGGCCAGGAGGGCGGCCCCUUGUCGGGACCCCUCUCCGCCUCCAGGAGGUGCCAAAGCUGUGGCGACUCCCAGACCACCACAAAUUCCUGAAGCCGGACCCCCACCGGUGUCCCCGAAAAGCGCCCUGACCCGGGCCAAGUGGCUCGCCAUCCGAGAGAAGACGAGCAGAGAGGGCCCGGGCCCCGGGGCCGCCGGCCAGCCACGACUCAUGCAGGUCAUCGCCGUGUCGAAGCAGCUCCUCCCCUCCUCUUCCUCUGAGACCGCCUCCACCUGUUCUGGCUCCUCCUCCUCAGCCUCUCCGCUCUGCUCGGGGAUCGUCACCGUGGAUGCCCACGCCCCCCACCAUCCUGUUGUCCCAGCCCAACCCCCUCUUCAAGCCCCGCCCCUCGCAGGUAAUGGCGCCCCGUGGGGGUGGAACGGGGCGUCCAAUGGGGCCGACCCUCGCGACGCCUACGACCUCAACAGCCUGACCCGCGGCGACUCGGCGGCGCGCGGCAGUAGUUUCCGGCCCCACCGAUCCGCCUCGCCCGGCCCUGAUGCCCCCCCCCCCAUCAGCGCAGGGAGACCGCCAUGA